UCGUUAACCAUUUGCUCUCAUCUCUCAAAAGAAAAAGAAAAACAAGCCGGAGAGAAGGGCACACCCUCCCCUCCCUUUGCAGGCUGCAGCCACCGCGCACAGCGGCAGCGCUGGCCGGAGAUGGAGCCGACCGGCAGGAGUACCAAGAGGAUGAGACCCGCGCCGCCCGACAUCCACCAAUCGACGCCAGGUCCAGCGGAGACGACCGAUCCGGAAGCCACGGCCCCGGGGAGAACCCAACACCCGCCGCCGGGAGCUGGGAGAGAUGGCGGCGAAGGGUCGCCGGACCGCAUCAGCGACCUUCCCGACGCGGUCCUCGGCGAGAUAAUCUUCCUCCUCCCCACCAAGGAGGGCGCCCGCACCCAAGCCCUCGCGUCCCGGUGGCGCCACCUCUGGCGCGCCGCCCCCCUCAACCUCGACUGCCGUGGCAUCCCCGGCAACCUCCCCGGCGCCAUACUCUCCGCGCACGGGGGCCCCGUCCACCGCCUCUGCCUCCCGUCGCUCCUCCUCCAGUACAGAGCCGACGUCGCAGGCACCUGGCUCCGUUCCCCCUCCCUGGACAAGCUCCAGGAGCUCGAGUUCUACCUAGAGCUACCAAUAACAUACAGAUUUUCGUUUCUCAAGGUUACAGCUGCUGCAACCACCACCGGCGUCCAUCUUCAGGUUCUCGUCCACUCUCCGCGUUGCCACCAUCAGCCAGUGCCAUCUCCCGGACAAUACUGUGGAGACGCUUCAGUUUCCCCUCCUCAAGAAGCUUGCGCUCGUGGAGGUCAAAAUCUCUGAGGGCUCGCUGCAGAGCAUCAUCUCCUCCGGCUGCCCUGCCCUGGAAAGCUUGUUGCUCAGGACUAGUUUUGACAUCCGCAGUCUCAGGAUCAACUCCCCUAUCCUUAAAAGUAUAGGGGUUCAUUCCAGGUUUGUAGAACUCAUCGUUCAGGAUGCCCCUUCACUUGAAAGGUUGCUCUGUCUGAGAAUGGAUAUGAGAAUGCGAGUGUCAGUAAUCUCCGCACCUAGACUGGUGACCUUGGGUUACAUUUCUCAGAAUUCACAGGACUCCAAAAUCAUGUUUGGCUCCACUGUUAUUCAGAGAUUGCACGUUGUUAGCCUGACAACGGUGGUGCGUACUGUCAAGAUCUUGGCCGUCCAUAUGAAUUUUAAUCUGGAUAUGGUUAUUGACUUGAUGAAAUGCUUUGUAUGCUUGGAGAAGUUGUAUAUGAAGAUUCAGACAGAUUCACCAGCAGGAGCAAAUUUCUGGCGUCAUAAACACCGGAAUUUUCUCACAUCUCAGGACAUCCGUUUGAAGACCUUAGUGCUGGGACAUUACCGAGGCAUCCAGGCACAAGUUAACUUUGUCACAUUCUUUAUACUGAAUGCGAAACUGCUAGAGUCCAUCCGACUUGAGGUUGAUUCCAGAGAUUACAAUGACGGAUUUUUCGCAGAACAGUGUAGGAUGCUUCAGAUGGAGAACAGGAUUUCUAGAGGUGCUCAGCUCUGUGUUACACAGAUGUUGAGAGUGGGCCUGGCUCCUGGUUGAGUUAUUCUUGCGUGUCUCAUUUGGUGUUUUUGCCCAAGCUUGGUUAGUUUUCUCAUACUUGUAGUCUUUCUAACCUUGUGUUAUCCCUUAACUUUAUGUUAUUUAAAUACUAAAAGAAAACAGGACCAAACGACGAUGGCCAGAGUCAGCUAUAUUAUGAAGAUAUCAUCUGGGGGUGCUCAUUUUGAUUGUCCACUGGUACACCUCCCAAACUGUUUCAUUUGCAUCGAAGAUUGUACAGUACCUUCUCAAUGUCUGUUGCGAGCUAGCUUCGAGUUGCAUUCUUAUAUCCAAGAAGAAGGCUCUGAAAGUAUCUAUCAGAGUUUGCAUAAAGGAAUAUUUCUGUUGUUCUUUCCACUGUCCGACUAGGGUGUUUUGAACCAUGUUGUUUGAUUAACAAGGUAAAUUUUAUAAAGGCAUGUACAAUGUUGAAAACCUGGGUUUGGUAAUUGUGGAGUUGGUUAUUCGUACCUAUCUUAUUUCUCAUGUUUGUACUGUUGCUAAGCUUGCACUAUCCCAAAAAAGCAUGAUGUUAAAACCGGCUACUUGUGAAGCCAUCAGCCAUGCCAGGUGGCAGCAGCUAUAUUCACAGGCUACUUGCGACAAUGACGAAUUUUUCGCAGACCAACAUAGGAUGCUUCAGAUGUAGAAGAGGGUUUCUAGAGGUGCUCAGCUUUGUUUCACAACAUAUUGUCACAAUGAUGUUUCAAGUGUGGUUGAUCUCAGUGAAUUGGAUUUUUGCAAUCCCUUGACAUGUAAAUGACGAAACUCGGUCUGGCCCCUGGCGGAGUUAUUCUUGCAUAUCACACUCUGUUUUGGUCCAAACUUAGCUAGUCUUUCUAACCUUGUGUUGUCCCUGAACUUUGUGUUAUUUAAACACUACUAGAAAUCAGGACCAAACAACAAUGGCUGGAGUCAGCUAUAUUUUCCGAGUGUGCUCAUUUUGAUUUCCCAGUUGAGCAUCGUUCAAAUUACUUCAGAAGCUAAACUCCAUGGUUUGAUUCUAUCAAAUCUCGCACUAUGUACUUCUCAUUUCCAGUUCUGACUGCAGAAAGUUUACACAAGGAAAAAUAGUCUGAAUAGAGACAUGCUACUGAGAUUGUAUUAUGAAACUAAUCACCUGAGCGGCACAGGGGAAAUAUUGUCUACUACCUGAAUGCUUGAAAUUGGUUUGUUUGGGAGAAGACAAACUCCUGGGGUUUCGGCCGUGGAAUCUGUUGGAAAUGUUCAGGCAUAUAACUACUGAAGCUAAUGUUCUGUUUUAAAGUUGCUCUCCGUGCCUUUUUCCUCCUCCUUCUUCUUCUUCUUCUUCUUCUUCUUCU